GCAGGGCUUCCUGUAUGCUGCUGCCGCCUGUGUCCAUGGCCCUCACCCCCAAGCUGCCACUGCAGCAGCCACUGUGGAAGCCAGAGUUUUAGUCCAUGCUGUACCGCUUGGACAGUGCUGGCAAGGCUGAGCAAGAGGUCUCCACAUCUCGACACCUAGAAGAGUAGGGAAGGAGUGUCAUCGGACAGAGGACCAUGUUGCGCCGCAAGCCCUCCAAUGCCAGUGAGAAGGAGCCCACUCAGAAGAAAAAGCUGUCACUUCAGCGCUCCAGCAGUUUCAAGGAUUUUGCCAAGUCCAAACCCAGCUCCCCAGUGGUGAGCGAGAAGGAAUUUAAUCUGGAUGAUAAUAUUCCAGAAGAUGACUCAAGUGUCCCUACCCAAGAGGAUGCUGGAAAAAGUAGCAAAAAGCUGGGGAAGAAGUGGAAGGCUGUGAUUUCCCGAACCAUGAACAGGAAGAUGGGCAAGAUGAUGGUUAAGGCCCUGUCAGAGGAGAUGGGAGACACUCUGGAGGAGGGCUCAGCCUCCCCAACAUCUCCAGACUGCAGCCUGGACAGCCCUGGCCCUGAAAAGAUGGCACUGCUCUUUUCUGAGCAAGAGGAGCGUGAGCUCCCAGGACUCAGCCGCCAAGCAUCCACAGGCAGUGAGCUCUGCAGCCCCAGCCCAGGCUCUGGCAGCUUUGGGGAAGAACCACCUGCCCCCCAGUACACAGGACCCUUCUGUGGCAGAGCCCGAGUCCACACCGACUUUACUCCCAGCCCUUAUGAUCACGACUCACUGAAACUACAGAAAGGUGAUGUGAUCCAGAUCAUUGAAAAGCCACCUGUGGGCACAUGGUUGGGCCUGCUCAAUGGCAGGCUGGGCUCUUUCAAGUUCAUCUAUGUGGAUGUGCUGCCUGAGGAGGCUGUGGGGCCUGCCCGCCCCAGCCGCCGACAGAGCAAGGGCAAGAGGCCCAAGCCCAAGACUCUGCAUGAGCUGCUGGAGCGCAUUGGCCUGCAGGAGCACACGUCCACCCUGCUGCUCAAUGGCUAUCAGACACUGGAAGACUUCAAGGAGCUGCGGGAAACACACCUCAAUGAGCUGAACAUCACAGACCCACAGCACCGGGCCAAACUGCUCACUGCUGCAGAGCUGCUGCUGGAUUAUGACACUGGCAGCGAGGAGGCAGAAGAAGGCACCGACAGCAGCCAGGAACCAGUGGCGCACACCGUGUCAGAUCCCAAGUGGGACAUCCCACGCGACUCAGGCUGCUUCGAGGGCUCAGAGAGUGGGCGUGACGAGGCGGAGCUGGCGGGUGCUGAGGAGCAGCUGCAGAGCCUCUCUCUGGCCGGGGCACCUUGAGUGGAGGUGGUGGUGGGCCAAGGCUGGGCCCAAGCAGCACAGGCAGCAGAGAGGGGCCCCAGCUUCCUGAGGUGGCCUGGGCUGGAGGACUGGCAGAGGACUGGUGCCUAGCCUGGCUCUGCUCCCCUUUGCUCCCCCCAUGGCGCAUAGGGCCAUAGCAGCUGGCCAGAGCCCUGCAGGCUUGGCUGAAGUGGAUAAGGAGCCGCUGAAGGCACAUUACACCUGCCCAGCCCCCUCUCUCCACCAGCUACUGACAGUAGAGCCCGCUCUGGCCAUGGCCACAGCAAGUGGGGCACUGAGAGGUCACCCCACUCAUUUCCCUCACCACUGAGGCCUCCAAAACAUCCUCAUCCUCACCGUACUUUCCCCUGUAGCACUGCUCCUGAAAAGGAGGUAAAGUGUUUCAGGUCAGUCUCAGGACCCUAAGGAAGCUGGCCAUUUAAAAAUAUUCUAGUUGAUCACGGGUAAAUCCAGAUUGUCCUCAAUAAGGUUUGAAGAAAGCCACAUGCACCUUUCCUACUUUCCUUCUCCUUAACUUUCUGGAAGAUUUGGCCACUGAAUCACUAGGUGAGGUGAAUCAAGUGCCUUCACCAAUUUGGGUCUAUACCUGGCCAAGAUUAGAAUGGAUAGAUGCUGAGGGCCUUACCAACUCUAACAUUCUGUGACAUUAAAUGUCUGCUCUCCUGUUACCUGUGGCCCAGGAUACCAGUGGGGUUUAUUGAAGGGGCUUGAGGGGCAUUGGGCUCCCAAAUGAAAUGCCUCCACCUGCUCAUCAGUUCUAUACCUUUGUACAUAACUCAGGCUAAGCUGCAACUUCCUCCAGCUUAAGACAAUGCCCAUACCUCAUAUAAUGUGCACCAUCUCUUUCUACUCCUGACCCCCUCAAAUGACACUUCCCUCAAGGCUGAUGGCAGAUGGUCAGACCUGGCUUCCAAGAAUAGAAUGGUUCCACAGAAGCCAGAUGCAGAUUUGGGUCCAAAAUUGGCCUCUUGUGUGGGUCCUUACCAAAAAGGAAAGUACAAACUAGACAUUAGGGAAUCCAUUACCUGAACUCUGCUUUGCUAAAGGUUUUGGUGUACCCCGAGCUAUAGAAGGGGAAGGAUAGCAUCUAUUUUUUUAAACAAACAUUUUUUAAUUAGCUCAUCUUUUCUUUUUUUUCCAACAGUUUAUUUUUAGAGAGAGGGGAAGGGAAGGAGAGAGAGGGAGACAAAUAUCAAUGUGUGGUUGCC